UUGCAAAAGUUCCCUUUGCCUUUUGAAACUCGUUGCAAGACUUUUGAUCACUCCUAAAGUUGUCCACCAACAUCUUCAGUUUCAGACAGGAUGGGAAGAACACCUUGCUGUGAUAAAAAUGGCCUCAAGAAAGGCCCAUGGACACCAGAGGAAGACACGAAGCUCACUCAGUAUAUUCAGAUGCAUGGCCCUGGAAAUUGGAGAACUCUUCCCAAGAAUGCUGGGCUUCAGAGAUGUGGCAAGAGUUGUCGGCUUCGUUGGACUAAUUACUUGAGGCCUGAUAUCAAGAGAGGGAGGUUUUCAUUUGAGGAGGAGGAAGCUAUAAUUCAACUCCACAGUGUUCUUGGCAACAAGUGGUCGGCCAUCGCAGCCCGUCUUCCAGGAAGAACGGAUAAUGAAAUCAAGAACUACUGGAACACGCACAUUAGAAAGAGGCUUCUUCGGAUGGGAAUUGACCCGGUGACUCAUGCACCGCGCCUUGACCUUUUAGACCUGUCGUCACUUCUCAGCUCGCCUCAGCUCAACCUAUCGAACCUCGUUCGCCUUCAAACACUUCUAAAUCCAGAGGCAUUAAGGCUUGCUUUGAGUAUCCUACCAUCACAGAAUGAAAACCCUGAUAUUUUAUUGCAAAAAAAGCUUCAAGAAAACCAGUUAUUGAAUUCUCAGCUUCCAGGCCAGGCCCCAGUCAUCCAACCUAACCAGUUUGAAAAUAUUAUCAGCCAACAAAUCCCAUCAAACCUCACCACUUCGUCGUUUCAGAAUCAGCCUCAAUCGUUACAAGGCGAUCUUGGACAUUAUUCUAUUGACUCCACAAACUCAACUUGCCAAAUAUUUCAAAAUAAUUUCACACGAACUGCUAACGCUGCUGCUACAACUACUACCAGCGAUCAAAGUCUUCCCACUGAUCUACCAAGAUUUUGCUAUGGGAUUUCUGAUCAGAUGAGGACAGACUUAUCUGAUAACUCAAGCUUUCAGUCCUUCAACAGCAGCAGUAGCAUAAAUAACAGCCAGAAUUUCAGCUUUGAUUCGGUUUUGUCGACGCCUCUCUCUAGCCCGCCGCCCGUUAUCAAUUGCAGCACAGAAGAUGAGAGAGAGAGCUUCUGCACUAACCUGAUGAGGUUUGAAAUUCCAGAGGGUCUCAACUUUGAAGAUUUUAUGUAAUUAAGAUUAACUUCUGGGAUAAAUCCUCUCCCUUUUUUUUCCUGGUUGAUUAGGUUCGUUAAGUUACAAGAUUUGGCUUGUUAAUUUAUAGCUGGUGCUUUAGAAAUUUUUUCAAACCUAUGUAAAUUCAUGGUUGUUUUGUAAUUUUUUCAGUUGUUUGUCAUCAUCUUGUCAUAAUUCUUUUAUU